AUGGGAGAAGGACAGGGUCCCCACCUGCACGAGCAGGAUCUUGCUAGGAUAUCCUCUUCCCAGCUCCUCUGGUGUUAUUUUUGGGAGUCAUACGAUAGCGAGGCGCCCGCGGCGGCGGAUACUCCGGCGGCGGAGGCGCCGAAGAAGCGCAGCCGGUGGGGCGCCAAGCCCGCCGAGGCGACGGACCCGAUUCAGCUGGCGGUGCAGCUCGGGCUUCCGCUCGCGACGCUGCAGCACAUGUCGAGCGAGCAGCAGGCGAGCCUUCCAAAGCUCAAGGAGAAGGUUGACCAGAUCGACCUGCUGCUGCGGCUCCCCGACUGCGGCGUGAGCGACAUCCCGCCAGGCGGACGGUCGCCGUCGCCCGAGCCCAUCUUUGACCGGUCGGGAGCGCAGGUCAACUCGCGCGAGGCGCGGAGGCGGCAGCAGCUGAUCAACGAGCGCGCCGAGCUGCUCGAGUCGCUCAAGCCAAAGGUGCCGCAGCGGUGCUGGCGGAAGCUGAUCGUGCCGGAGCGCGAGUCUGGGUGCAAGAUCGUGAUCCGCGGGAAGGGGGCCAUCAAGGAGGGGUGCGGCAGGCACGACGGCAAGCCGAUCGGCCCCGAGGACGACGAGCCAAUGCACGUGCUCAUCGAAGGGCCGGACGAGGAGACUGUCGAGCGGGGGCAGGCGCUCGUCGAGAUCGUGCUCAACCCGUACUCGGAGGACGCGGUUGCGCAAAAGGAGAAGCAGAUGCGCGAACUCGCAAUCAUCAACGGCGCGCGCGAGGCGGCAGCGCGCCGCCACCACGCCCCUCCCGACCCGCCCCCCCCUCCCCUCGAGCUAGGCACCCUCAAGGAGGAGGACGCCGCUCUGGCGGGCCGAACGGCGGCGGCGGCAUGGACGCCGAGAUACCCUCCCCACAUGCCUCCGCCCCACCACCCCGGCAUGGCUGGCCAGCCGCCCGGCUACCCGCACCACCCUGGCGCGGGCGGGCCGCCGAUGGGCGCGCCUCCGAUGGGCGGCGCGCGCGACAGCAAGGCGGAGGCCGCGCCACCGCCUGCGGAACCGCCUCACGCCUCUCGCGUCACGAUCGUCCUCUGGCCAGCCGAGGGGCACCAGAACGGCAUGUGUACUGGUGCUGGGUGCGGGUGCGGAACGGGCUUUUUUUAA